AGGCGGGCGCUGGGGCGACUGGGAGAGCUGCGCGGCGUGCGCGGGCACGAGCAUAGUGGCCUCCCCCGAGGCUGAGGCGGCGGCGGGCGCGCGCGGCGGCGGCGGCGGCGGCGGCGGCGGCGGGUGCGAGGCGCGGGCUGUUGUGCUCUCCUCUUUCCCCUCCUCGGCGGGUGGAGGAGGCCGAAGCGGUGCUGGGCGCUCUCCCCCUUCCUCUCCCUCCGGCCACCUCCCCCGGCCCUCUCGCGCUGCGCGGUCUCUCCGACGCAAGACUGUCCCAGCCCGGAUAUGGCUCGUGGACAGCAGAAGAUUCAGUCUCAGCAGAAAAAUGCCAAAAAGCAAGCUGGACAAAAGAAGAAACAAGGACAUGAUCAAAAGGCUGCUGCCAAAGCUGCCUUAAUAUAUACCUGCACUGUUUGUAGGACACAAAUGCCAGACCCUAAGACCUUCAAGCAGCACUUUGAAAGCAAGCAUCCUAAGACUCCACUUCCUCCAGAAUUGGCUGAUGUUCAGGCAUAAAGUUGUUUACAGGUGAAUUCAUGACACCUUUGACUCUUCUACUGUCUCAGAACUUAGGUAACAAACCUGCAGCUGCUUUUCUAACAAACUGUUGAUCAGCAAAAAUAAAGGGGCUACAGAAACACUCAUUUUUAUGCUGUUCCCUUUUGGGCUUCAUGCAAAGACAAUUCUGUGUAAAUGUACAGUUGACUCUGAUUUGGAAAUCUGGAAAUCAGUCCAUCCUUGUUAUAAAAAAUUUUUUUACAAUUGUAAUUAUAUUGAUGUUCAUAUUGUGUAAAAUAACUCAUUUAAUAAAGUAGUACUUUGAUUUUACAACAUCACAGGAUAAAUGGUUUUAGAAAUUCUGUUCUAACUUUCCACAUUAUUUGCCUUAUGAAAAUCUAAUGAAUUCGUCAACUAGAAUUGCAGGCGCAAUUCUUACCUCCCUCUCAGUUCAGUGGCAGGUUCAUUAGCUAAACUAGAACAGACUCAUUCAUACAGUUUUAUUGGCAGCUGUUGAUCUAGGUGAAGAAUGACUUACCUGCUGCCUUAGUAUAUUACCAUCAUGUGUCAUUUACCCCUCUGAUUGUUUCCUGUGUUUGAGGUUGGAAUAUUUCAACUUGCCAUAUGACCUGGCCAUAGCUGCCAGCCAGGAAUACCCUGUCGAUGACUGAUAAAUUCCUAAUGCGUUGGAUUUUCAGUGAGCCCUUCUGAAAGAUUAGGUUCUGAAGUGUAUGCCAUAAUGAAAUCAGUAAGGCUGUCAUUGAAUACAAAAUAUGAUGGAUCAUAUGCACACUGGUAAAGCUCUAUCUUACAUAAAUUAUACCAGAUUCUUUCAAAACUCAAAGUUCAGUAAUUGGAAGUUAAAACUCAAUUUUUGAAGGACUUUUUGGAAGUUAUUAAUGUUUUGGCCAAUUUUAUGAAUGGAUUUUCAUUAACAGGAAGAGUGGAAUGACUUGCCGCUGGGUUAAUUCCCAGAACCUUCUCCCUCCUUUCCUUUGUAAGUGAAUAGUUGAUUUUAGGAGUUUACUUUGUGCUGGUUCCUAAAAUCAAAGCCUGUACAAUAUGACUUCUGUCUGAACUAGAAAAGGAUUAAAAUAGGCCAAUCUCCACAUUCUUUUGGCUCUGAGGAUGGGGAAAUGGGUUAGUUCAGAUGGAUGAGGUAAAUCCUACCCAGUUAAGGAAGACUAAUUUUAGGGUUCUUCUAAUUUGCUUUUGUCAGCUAUUAACUUUACUAGUGAAACUGCUGUAACUCUGUUUAAAUUUUAAAGUUAAUAAUAAUAGGAAGAACACUCAACUAUUUCCUGGUAAUUGCUUAGAGCCACAAGUCUGAUCCUGUGGAUUACAAAAUGCAUUCCCUCUUUCUGUUGUAAUUCAUCACUGCCUUUGUUUUGUGGCUAUGCAUAUUCUGCCCACCUUGUUUGACUUCACUAAGUUUUAAGUAAGAUAUUUACAAGGAAAAGCUUCAGUGGCGAUAGUUUCUUAGCAACUUCUAUUACAUUCUUUCUUUAAAAUAGUCAUUUUUUCAUGUAUUUAAUUUCCUAAGUUUCAGAUUUAAUAUCUGUUAUUUCCUAAUAUGUUGGUACCAGAACAUUAGAAUUUGCCUGAUUGCUUGUAGUGGAAUUUAUUAAAGUUCUGGUUAAAUUACAAUUUAAAGGUUUUUAAAAGCGCUUUGACCAUAUGUAUGUUUACAUUUAGUAACAAAUCAUUUAAAAACCAUUCACAGGUUUUGGGGUUUUUUUUGUUUUUUUGUUUUUUUUUUUUUCAUUUUUACUGACUGUAAUUCAGAAUAAAAGCUUUUUGUUCUUGUAUUUAACCCUUUUUUAUAAGCAGCUGAAGACACCAUAUUUAACUUUAUAUCUCAGUGAUAGGAAACUAGCUGCAUUGAUCUUGCAUAAGACAUUAAUUCUCAUACUUCGUAUAAGGAUUAUUAAUACAAUCCCUUUUUAUUAUGUUUGAGUUAAAUUUGCUCUAAGGGAAAAACUACAAUUCUUAAGCAUCCUCAUUAUUAAAUUUGAAGAUUCUUUAACAGAUCACAGCAAAGUUCAUUAUAAAACUGUUAUGGUGUCUUCAAAGACUUUAUAAAAUCUGAGACACUGAGAGAGAAUUGGUCCGGUUGUAUUCUGUAUUUCCAUUAAUUGCCAAAAGGAAUGGGGUUAAGAUUACGUUUGUUUCCAUUCUAAUUCCUAUGGAUCUGCAUCCCCAUGUUUAACUGACAUACUAGGGGCUCAGUUGUGUGCUGUAAUGUCUUAUUAAAGAAGAUAUUAAAACUAAACUAGUCUAAUUUCUUCUACAUUUUAGGAGGUUUUUAUAUUGCCUCUUCCCUUUUUUUUUUUUUUUUUUUUAAAUUUCUCAACUCAAGAGUUGUUUCUUGAGUGUACAGCUCAGUCGUCUAAGGGCAGCAAGAGAUUUUUCAUUUCUCAUUGUUUUUCCUGCAGUUGGUCUAUUUUAAGUAUAUAGAAUACUUAAGAGUGAAAGGGAAAAGGUUGUCAUUCUGAAACCUUCCUGUAGUGUAAGUUGUUGGAAGGGGGAAGUAAUUGGCUAUUAAUAGAAAAAUAAUACUAAAAUGAAAAAUGCUUAGGUCAGUAAACUGAAUGAGAUAACACUUUGGUUUUAUAUUAAGGCUACUGCAAAGCUAGUUAAUCACAUCAUAAUUCAAAUCUGAGAUAUAUGUAGCAUGAGUAGAGUAGAAAAGACUCUUCUUUUUCAUUUUUAUUAGUAUGUGGAAUAUACAGCAUCUGCUUAAAAUUGUAGUUAAUAUCAAGGCCUUUUUCUACAGUGAUAGUCACACUCCAAACUGUAACUGAAAUACUGUAUUUAAACUACUGAAUCUGAAUUACUUUAUUUUGUGCUAGAUUUUUCAUUUUGGGGGAGUUUUUGGUUUGAUUUUGGUCAGACACAUACUUGUGUGUGUAUAGAAAUGAAGAUCAACACUAGAGGGUUGUGUAUACUGUGACUGUACAGUCUGAAAUCUUUCAGGCUAGCCAAAUUUUAUCUGUUGUAAAUGUUUCAGAAAAAUCUUAAGCCCUUGCUAUGUGUAGAUUUAAUAAAACAUCUGUAUACUUUA